GGGGGCGCUGGUGGUGAGGAUGGUGUUGUUGUUGUUCCUCCCUGUGUGUGUGAGAGAGAGAGAGAGACCGGAAGCGGAAGUGGUGUCAGUGCCGCUGUUCGGCUCCGCUCUGUGUGUAUCAGUACUGUUUAUGUUUAUGUGUGUGUGAGUGAGCGAGAGAUCAGCGCGCGCCAUGGCCCUGUCCUCCCCCCAGCAGCUCGUGCUCCUCCUGACCGCCGCGCUCUGUGUGUUCUACACCUGUCCCCGCCUCCUGACCGGGGGAACCGCGCGAGACAACAGCGGACUGGACCCGCGCCUCAGGAAAGGCCCCGGCCCCACCCCUCCUCACCGCGGCCCCCCCGACAGCGCUCAGCAGGUCCAGCGGCUGAUGGAACAGGAGCUGAGGAAGGAGAAAGCCAAACUCGGAGGCAGCAACAACAACAAGGGCUACGUGUUCACGCUCAUGCCGCUGUACGCCGUCGGGGUCGGGCUGUUCGCCGCGUACAAGUUCCUCAAGAUAAAGUCUGCAGACGACACACGCGCUCAGAAAGAGAGAACCGCCCGAGGACUCCGCAAAUCUGAGGAGACAGAGAAUCAGCUGAAUGAGCUGGAACAGCGUUUGGCUCAGACGGAGAAAAUGCUGAACUCCAUCCUCACACAGCUCGACCCUCUGACUAACUGUGUGAAGUCUGUAGCGAUGGAGCAGAAGAACGAGAUCAUGACUCAGCUGCAGUGUAUCCGACACCUGAUGAAGAAACGGGGGAUGCAGCAUGCACCAACAGAGGCAUCAUGUGAGCGUAACCUUGACAACCUGAUCGAGUCGCUGAGCGCCAUGGAAACCCACGGCACGGAAACGAGCACCAAACCACAGACGGCAGGAGAGAGAGACGGGGGAGAGGAGAGCGACUUCAGAAUGCCGUCUCUGGAGGAGGAGCAUGGGGACAGAGUGGGCGGGGCUAUAGAACAUGGCAAGGACAGAAUGGGGAUGGAGGAGGAGCAUGAUGGUGUAAUGGGAGUGGCCACAGAGGAUGAGGAGUUGUAUAACGAGGGGCAGGAGGAAGGAGACUCGGGUGAAGAAGAAGGAGUGGCUACGAUGCGUCCAGACGACUUGGGGACGGGGCUUCGCAGACGCAACAGACAGGAUUAGACAUUUCUGUCUUUAUUUAUAAACGAUUAAUUUAUUGGAUAUGACUUGCUUGUGCAGUUUUUAUUUUUAUCAUCUUUGAUCUUUUGAGGGACACAGUGCUUUGAUGAAGCAGAGGCCAGCCACGUAGCAUGCCGGAGCGAGCUGUACGAUAAACCCUAAAACAUCCCUUUAUUUCUCUUCACACUCACUAUUUCACAGAACAUUAGUCAUUUUAUUGCACUUUACUACUUUAUUGUUUCAGCGUAAUUGGUUUCACCAGGCUCACUGCGCACUCAUCUCUACAAGGAAGUCAAGGAUGAGAAAGUGGGUGUGGCUUAGGAUGCGUCAGGGUAGAUGAGAAUGGGUGUGGCCUGUAAUUGUCUGCAUUAUUUGUAGGCAGACUUCAGGUAGAUUUAUAUUUAUUGGUCCAAUCGAGUCUCAGCAUUUUUGUCUCAGGUUUUGUUUCAGAGUCGGGUGUAUGAGAGCCGGUAACAUUUAAAGAACGUGUGCGUGUGGCUGUGAUGUGGAAAGAGCAUGCAGAUAUAAUGGAGUCAUGACUGGGCGUGGUCAGGAGGUGUUGUGGGCGGGGCUUCAUGACACCUUCCUGACAGAACAUCAGCUUUGAGUUAUUUAUUCUGUUGUUUCUUUCUUUUCACUGUAACCUUUGACCCAUUCUAUUACCUUUUCACAUCUCACUUCAUGAAUCAAAGAAUUUAAAUCGCCAAUGUUUCUGACGUCUCGUAUCGAGCUUGUUUUGCUAAUUAGCGACGUAUGCAUGUGUAGUGUGAGCACUGCAUGUCUGUUUUAUGCAUGUAAGUGAAUUACAAUCAUGAGACAAAACGAUUAGCAGCCUUGUUGCUAGCGCUACCUCAUCACGUUCUUAUUUUAGAAAACGCAUGCUAAAGAACACGGAUGUGUCUCAUUAUGAAUUAGAUAUUUGUGUUUUGAUUAUUUAUACACAAACUCUCCUCAGUGUUUGUAGUUGUGAUGAGUGUGUGAACGCGCACUCAAUGCUAAACUGUUUUAGCAUCGCUAAUCACCUUACUGUGUAACAGAUCAGAACGUUAGCGUAAUUAAUACACAUUUCUUUUACUCCCUGAAUCCUGUGAUGCGAACACUAAAUUUAAUGACUAAUGUUGUUGUCAUACGUUAGCUAGCUUGUGUGUUUUUUUUUCUUUCUUAAUAUUGGCUAGCUAUUUUUCUUAUUGUACUAAACUUCACUAGAUGGAUUUUGGGGAGUAUGGUCAUUAGCUAGAUUUUUCCUAGCUAGUUUAGGUUGGAAUGUUUUCACUUAACGAUAGCUCAUUGCAUUUUUCUUUGGGGAUUUUAGCUAAUGUUUGCUAGCUGUGCUUUAUUCUCCUGUUAGCAUUAAUCAUACUCAUGGUGUAAUUUAACAUAAAUAAUCUGUGAGAAUGAGCUGUGAGAUCAGAAGAUAAUAAU